AUUUUGAUGUCCCAUGUCGCCUGAUUAUCGUGUGAUCAUUGUCGUUCGACGCGGUCGUGUUUUGAUUUCUCUGCCGAGAUCAAAACAAUGUUGUUGACAUAAGCCUUGACUGUUUACGCGGUUUUUCAACUGUUGUUAUCAGUCGUCCAUUUACCCCCGCCAAUUUCAAGUUAUCAUCGUGCGAUCCCGCUAGUCCGCUACGUCAUUGCACACCUCUUGAACUGGAAUAGCUGCGGCAAUAGUUGUAAACAGAAACGGUACCUAGUCGGACGUAUCGCUAUUUACGUCUAGCGAUUUGUGAAAAAUAACAGUUAACGCGACGCAUUUUAAUAAUAUAUAUAGUGUCUAAGGAAAUGACGAGUAUUAAAUUAAGUUUUCUUAUACUGUUUACUUGCGGACUGCUUGCACGGAAUUCUCUAGGUCUAUCGCCUGUAAUCCUCAUCCCUGGGGAUGGAGGAAGUCAACUCGAGGCAAAAUUGAAUAAAACAAAUGUGGUGCACUACAUCUGUGCGAAGACUUCACCGGAUUACUUCAACAUAUGGCUCAACUUGGAGCUGCUAGUGCCAUUUGUCAUCGACUGCUGGGUGGACAACUUAAAGCUAGAGUAUGACAAUGUUACGAGAACCACAAAAGGCCCCCGUGGUGUCGACAUCCGGAUACCAGGGUGGGGGAACCCGGAGCCUGUGGAAUGGUUGGACCCAUCACAUCAGAGUACCGGAGCAUACUUCAACACUAUCGCAGAUUCCCUAGUCAAGCUAGGAUAUGAAAGAAAUGUAUCCAUUCUCGGAGCUCCAUAUGAUUUCAGGAAAGCUCCAAAUGAGAACGGCAAAUUCUUCACGGAUCUGAAGACCAUGGUGGAAAACACGUACAUGGCGAAUAACAAGUCUUCAGUGACGCUCCUCGUGCACAGCAUGGGAGGGCUGAUGGCCAUGCACUUCCUGCGGCUGCAGCCUCAGGCGUGGAAGGACCAGUACAUCCGACGCCUCAUCUCCUUGUCCACACCCUGGGGCGGGUCCAUGAAGGCUGUGAAGGUAUUUGCUAUAGGUGAUGAUCUAGGCAGUCUGAUGCUCCGGGAGAGCAUAAUGCGGGCGCAGCAGAUCACGUGCCCCUCCCUGGCGUGGCUGCUGCCCUCGCCGCUGUUCUGGAAGCCCACGGAGGUGCUCGUGCAGACCGACAAGUACAACUACACCGUCAACGACUUCCAGAGGCUGUUCACUGACAUGGAGCUCCCGGACGCGUGGGAGAUGCGCAAGGACACGGAGAAGUACACGAAGGACUUCAGCGCGCCCGGCGUCGAGGUGCACUGCAUUUACGGGUACAACGUCAGUACCGUUGACAGACUGGUAUACAAGCCAGGCACCUGGUUGGACGGGUACCCGACCCUCGCAAUGGGCGACGGGGACGGCACAGUGAACCUCCGCUCACUGAACGCCUGCGAACACUGGCGCAAGAGGAGGUUCCGCAAUGGAAACACCGUGAAAUCCCUCGCCCUACCAGACGCUGAGCAUUUGAAGAUAUUACACGAUAAACGAGUACUGGACUAUAUUCAGUUGGUUAUGAAGAACUGAAUGGUUUCGUGUGGGUAUGGAUGUAGACUGCAGUCGCGGAUUGUAAAAUAAAAAUAAGUAGGCAAUUUUUUACUUUACGUGGUAGGUAAUAGAGCUGAUAAUCUGAUAUAGAAAUGAGCGCUGUUUUUGUGCCCAUUGAUUUGCGGCUAGUAUAGUGUGAGGCCGUAUUUAUCCAAACACUAUAGCUCCCAAGAAUUGACUGUUUAAUGGUUUCUCAGUAUGAAAUUGUUUAUUGGACAAAUAGGUCCUCACGCUACGUUACAGCCCUCUGAUAGGCACAAAAACGUUAGCCCUUAAUUUAGUAGACAGGCGUAAGAGCAUGAAUAUUUUCUAAAAUAGGGCUAAAAGGCCGGCAACGCACUUGUAACGCCUCUGGUGUUUCGGGUGUCCAUGGGCGGCGCUGAUUGCUUACCAUCAGGAGAUUCGUCUGCUCGUUUACCGGCUUAUACCAUAAAAAAGUAAAAUAGUAAAGGCUAUUUCUAAAAACGAUAGCUUAAUUAAAAGGGUGCUUACCUACGUUGCUAAGAAUCCGCCUCUGCUGUAGGUCGUACGGUCGAAGAUAUUCUUCGUGUUUACAAAGUAUGGGUGCUUCAUUUGUGGAGAAUUUGGUUCGACAUAUCGACUUUUGUUGUAAGAAAGUCGUCGAAUUAAUUGAUGUUCAGUAGGGAAUGUAAAUUUAAAUCAUAAAACUCAAAAAAGGAAACCACCUUUAGAAGUUACAAGUGCGAAUAUAAUUUUCUCUAAGUCGGGCGGGUAAUAUUAACCUGAAGCCUUCUUGCUUCUUCUCAGUCUGAAAAACACUACGCUGAAAACCGCAUC